AUGCAGGGAGCACGCAGCCUCCUGACUCAGGCCGCCCGGUCUGGCCGCAAGUCGGUCCUGGCCUACUCCCAGUCCCGCGGGUAUGCCGCCAAGGACAUCCUGUUUGGCGACGCCUGCCGCGCCUCCAUGCUGCAGGGCGUGGAGAAGCUGGCUGACGCCGUCCAGGUCACCCUGGGCCCCAAGGGCCGGAACGUGGUGAUCGAGCAGCCGUAUGGCGGGCCCAAGAUCACCAAGGACGGCGUGACUGUGGCCAAGGCGGUGGAGUUUUCCGACCGCUUCCACAACCUGGGCGCGGCGCUCGUGAAGCAGGUGGCCGGCGCCACCAACGAUGCGGCAGGCGACGGCACGACCACGGCCACGGUGCUGACUCGCGCGAUCCUGGUGGAGGGGUGCAAGUCGGUGGCGGCGGGGAUGAACCCCAUGGAUCUGCGCCGCGGUAUCAACCUGGCGGUGGACCACGUGGUGAGCGAGCUGAAGCGCCGCGCGCGCCAGAUCAGCACCACGGAGGAGAUCGCGCAGGUGGGCACCAUCUCGGCCAACGGCGAGCGCGAGGUGGGUGAGCUGCUGGCGCGCGCCAUGGAGCGUGUGGGCAAGGAGGGCGUGAUCACGGUGCAGGACGGCAAGACGCUGGAGACGGAGCUGGAGGUGGUGGAGGGCAUGCGCUUCGACCGCGGCUACAUCUCGCCCUACUUUGUCACCGACAACAAGACGAUGCGCGUGGAGCUGGAGGACGCCUACAUCCUGAUCGUGGAGAAGAAGAUUUCCGGCAUCCAGUCCAUCAUCCCCGUGCUGGAGGCGGCGCUGAAGACGCAGCGCCCGCUGCUCAUCAUCUCCGAGGACGUGGAGAGCGAGGCCCUGGCCACGCUCAUCGUCAACCGUCUGCGCGCCGGGGUCAAGGUCUGCGCGGUCAAGGCCCCCGGCUUCGGCGACAACCGCAAGGCCAACCUGGCCGACAUCGCGGCGCUGACCGGCGGCCAGGUCAUCUCCGAGGACCUGGGCAUGAAGCUGGAGAACGUGGACCUGAGCCACCUGGGCACGGCCAAGAAGGUGACCGUGUCCAAGGACGACACCGUGCUGCUCAACGGCGGCGGCGACCGCGCUGCGCUGGCCGACCGCUGCGACAUGAUCCGGGAGGCGAUUGCCGCCUCCACCUCCGACUACGACCGCGAGAAGCUGGAGGAGCGGCUGGCCAAGCUGUCCGGCGGCGUGGCCGUGCUCAAGGUCGGCGGCCACUCCGAGUUCGAGGUGGGCGAGCGCAAGGACCGCAUCGUGGACGCGCUGAACGCGACCAAGGCCGCCGUGGCGGAGGGCAUCGUGCCGGGGGGCGGCACCGCGCUGGUCUAUGCCUCGCGCAGCUUGGAGUCUGUCAAGGACGCCUGCGCCAACUUCGACCAGCGGACGGGGGUCAGCAUCAUCCAGCGCGCCAUCCGCCAGCCGGCCGCCACCAUCGCCGCCAACGCGGGGCAGGAGGGCGCCGUCAUCGUGGGCAAGCUGCUCGAGCGCCCCGAGGCCGACGCCGACGUGGGCUACAACGCGGCCACGGGCGAGUUCGAGGACCUGGUCAAGGCGGGGGUGAUCGACCCCAUCAAGGUCGUGCGCGUCGCGCUCACUGACGCCGCGUCGGUCGCCUCCUUGCUCACCACCGCCGAGGCCGUGAUCGCCGAGGCGCCCAAGCCUGAGGGGGCGAGCCCGGCCAUGCCGGGCGGCAUGGGCGGCAUGGGCGGCAUGGGCGGCGGCUUCUAG